AUGACGGACCUGGCCUUCAUUGAAAUUCACAUCUGCCCUAAUGCGCUCACGGCUUACGCCAAUUGCAGCAUACGUUCAUUGAAUAGUAACGGCUCGGCGUUCAUUUGCGGAGACCCAUUUGGCAGGACGUCUCACUUUCAUGCGUCACUCACUCUGCAUAGAAAAUCAUACACGGACUAUGAUAGUAUGGACACGUGCAUAUCUCUACCUUCGAAUGCUGCUCGUUCAAGCUUCGCCGAGACGAGGUCGGAGCAAAGCCAUGACGAUGUUGAAGAAAUAAACGCAAAUGUAGCUAGUCGAUGGUCAGAAGCUGUAAGAAAGCAUGCCAAUACUGGAAGAGGGAGCGUUCGAGUACAUAAACUUACGUGCAUACCAACACUCGAACGGACAGAUCCAGACUUUGCUGAAACUGGCCGCUUUCCUGCGACGCCGAAUAGCACUCAGCCUUCCAGGCAGUCUGGUCGCCAGCCGACUUCGGGUGGAGAGCCGCUCUCGGGGGCCGCUUGGUCUCGAGCAAAAGCCCGUGAGACGGCCGAGUCGGGUUUAUCGAGUCGACCUCGAGAGCUGGAGCCUGCGGAAACCGGUUCCAAGAGCCAGGAUCCAGGGCGCCGGCACCGGUACCGUCCGAUCGCGGGCGACCCGGAGGCGGCGGCGAAACAGGUUGACGCCAAAAGCGUUCCGGAGCCUGACUGGCCGGCGGCUGAGGCCGCCAGAGGUGGCUAUCGUCGACGUGGAAGAGGGGUACCGGACGCGAAAGGUGACUCAGACAAGGGUCGCCAAGACGCCCUGUCCAGACGCCCGGAUGAGGCUGGCUACGAAAAAGGCGACCUUCAUCUCGGUGAUGAUAUGCGACGGUCAAACCAGAGAACGAUGGAGCCGGACACACGCAGUAUGCAGCCUGGCAAUAAGGGAUCAAGUGCUCGCCCGAAGAGACCAGGCGAAAAGAGGAGGUCGCCGGAAAGAGGGCUUCUGGAGGCGUUUGGUGACAUGAAACCAAAUCAGGAUGCUAAAUUUGUUUGCGCUUCUCCGUUAGAUUCUGUGUGA